CUAUCUUCCUCCUCUCCCGAUUCCUCCAAACCAGCCGCCGGCCUCCAACCCCACCGCCCACCUCGUCUUCCCCAACCUUCCCCCUCUGUCGGCGCCCCCUUCCCUCCCCUCCCAUUCUCUCCUCCUACGAGCUCCGGCCGCAACAAGAUCCGCCACGGUAGAACCGCUGCUUCCGCAUCUGUGCCAUCCUUGAGCUCCACAGCCACGCACAGGCAGAGGAGGAGGUUGGAGGCCUCUGCCUUCCACCGUCCGCAUCCCCACCAUUUCCUGCCCUCACGUCCGAUCCGGAUGCCGCACUCCUCGCCACUACGUGAAUCCCCUCUUGCCGCUGCGUGAAUCCCCUCCGCCAGAUCUCAUGGUCCUCGCCAUCGCAUCGGGGGUCUGGGUCGCCAUGAGAAAACAUGGGAGAAGCUAAACAUGGUCUUGCUUUCAUACCAAUAUCACAGCACAAAUUGGCAGGGGUCUGGAAGUGCAUGCCGCAGUACAUAUGGUGGGUUUGUGAAAUGGUGUAUGGGAAAAAAUGAUGAUGGAAGUGACAGUAUGGCAGUACAGCUUGUUGACGAAUCACAUUGGGAUGAUCUUGUUAUAAUCAUAGCAGUGGUCAGUUCAAAGCAGAAGGAAACCAGUAGCACCAGUGGGAUGCGGGACACUGUUGAAACAAGCCCCCUCUUGCAGUACAGGGCCCAGACUGUAGUGCCAGGUCGCAUAUUGAAAAUGGAAGAGGCCAUCAAGAAUCGUGAUUUUGAAUCCUUUGCCAGGUUAACUUGUGCAGAUAGCAACCAGUUUCAUGUUGUAUGUUUGGUCACGAGUCCUCCCAUCUUCUACAUGAAUGAUACGUCACACAGGAUAAUUAGCCUUGUGGAGAAGUGAAACCACUCGGAAGGAACCCCACAGGGGCAGCCCCAGUGCAUGUAGCUCCCGCUUGCGCAGGGUCUGGGGAAG